AUGUGUGUUGACAACAAUGCUGGCGCAGGCCAGACAACGGCACAAUCUAAUUCACAGCCCAAUAAUCUCGCAGACCAGGAGGUCAUCAUCGAAGCUGAUGAAGAGGACGACGCGUCCGAAACUGGAGCACUAAGCAUAGCAUCGUCGAGCACAAGCGUCACUAGCUCGAUUCUUGACUACCGCAUCGAAAAUGGUAGAACGUAUCACAAGUACAAGGACGGAAAGUACAAUUUGCCCAAUGACGAAAGGGAGAACGAAAGACUUGAUCUGCAACACACGCUGUUCCUGCUUACAUUCUACGACAAGCUUGGCAAUGCUCCUCCGAAUGACCCAGGAUCAAAGGCUGGAAGGGUCCUUGAUGUCGGCACGGGUAGUGGUAUCUGGGCAAUUGACUAUGGUGAUGAACAUCCUGAGGCUGAGGUCCGUGGCAUAGAUCUAUCUGCUGCGCAACCGAUGUUUACUCCGCCCAACGUGAGAUUCGAAAUUGAUGAUCUCGAGGAGCCCUGGACAUUCUCGCAGCCAUUCGAUUACAUCCACAGUCGAAUGAUGAACUCAUCUGUCAACAAUUGGAAGGAAUACAUCGACAAGUGCUUCAAGAACCUCACGCCGGGUGGCUGGUUAGAGUUGAACGAGAUUGACAUUGCUCCCCUUUCAGACGACGGUACAUUGAAACCCGAACACUCGAUUUCGCGCACUGUGGGCUUGCUUCAAGAAGCUUCAGAAGUGUUCGGCCGUGCUUACCAAGAUGUCAAGCAACUGAAGUUCAUGUUGAUAGAGGCUGGCUUCACUGAUGUGACCAUGCAACAUUUCAAAUGGCCUACUAACCCCUGGCCGAAGGAGGCAAGGCACAAGGAACUUGGGGCCUGGAACAACCAAAACCUCGCACAAGGCUGGGAGGCAAUUUGCAUGGCGCCGCUAACCAGAGCAUUGGAAUGGACUAGAGAAGAAGUCAUUGUACUGAUGGCAGAGAAUCGCAAAGACUUUGCGGAUCGCAACAUCCAUGCCUACUUCUCAAUCUGGUCAAUUUAUGGCAAGAAGCCGGAAGAAUCUGAAGAGACAUCGCCUGAUAAUGCUUGA